AUGGACGUGGAUCCAGACACAGGCCUCUUCACGUAUACACGGCCGCAGCUGUUGCAUGCCUUUGUGCACCGAGCCCGGGAGGCAAUGCCCCGGGAGAGCUUCGCCACAAACGCUGCGAUAUUCUAUUGGCUCUCGAGGGCCUCAAAGUACAGUGGCUACGAUGUGGACGAGGACCUGCUGCUGCAAUGGACCAGCUACGUCAGGCGUCAGAGCGCUGUGUCCAACGAGAGCCAACUCAUCCACAUCCUCCAAAGUUUGAUCCAGGCAAACAACAAGAACAAGCUGCUGCGUGCUCUCGAGUUGGAUACGUGGUCUGAGAUGGAGAAGGUCGUCCACGAGCUGUGCCGGGAGGCCUUGCCACGCCUGGCCGCUCGGCACCAACACCUGAGCUUGUCGAAGAUUGCGGUGGUGCUGUCCAGCUAUGCCUCUGUCUUCCGCCCGGAGUACGGCCGCCUUUUUGAGGCUAUGAGCCCACACCUUACCAGCCUGCUGCGCCACGUUCUGGCGCAGGAUGGAGACCAUGGCGAUCUCAACAUGCUGCAGCUUCAGGUCUCUCUGCCCUUCGUCCUUGAAGCUUUCGCCCGUGUCGGAUAUGUACCUCCAGACUUGUUCGAUGCCUUCAUGGACUUUGUGGAGAAGGAGCUUCAUCGGAUCACCUAUGAGAAUCUCGUGGUGUCGCUGACGGCCCUGGCCAAAACAGGAAAUUGCCGUCCUUCGAUUCUGCGCCAGACCGCAAAGCAGGUGGAGCCACCCUGCGCAUGGUCGACAUACACGCUGGCUCGCAUUGCAGGUUGCAUGCGCCGCCUGCUGCUGCCCGGCACCGGCGACGUGGUUGAGGCUGGCUCUGCCCUCUUUCGCGCGGCUGCGCUGGAGAUGCUACAGCGUCCCGACGACUGGUCAAACUUUGAGGCCGCUGAGAUGCUUGUGGGCCUUGCCGCGUUGCCUUCCGGAAUGGAGCUGCCGUGGGAGGAGCUGAUCCAACUCAGUUGCCAAGCUGUGAAGAAGGAAAUCCACGACUUUGCAUGCAUCCACCUGACCAACGCCUUCUUCGGUGCUGUGGCUCUCGAGCUCAUGGCGUGCGAAGAUGCAGGCGACAGCACUUCGCAGAGGUGGCCACUUGCCGAAGUUGCACUGGCUGACGCUGUCGAGCUGACCUCCUUCCACUUGGCAAUGCAACACCUGGAGCAAGCCCUCCGCGUGGACACGGAGCUCGUGGCGCAGGCCUUGCUGGCUUUGGCCGUGAGAGCGCCAGAGGCGACGUUGGAGCGUAUAGGCUUCAGUGCGCUUGUGCGCGUCCAGCAGCGUGAGCUGGUCCGAAAGGCCCAUGACAUGGGUUCUGGUUUCGCACGAUGCGCCGCCUACACGACGGCGGCUGCCUGGCCUUGGCGCGAGGAGUGGCUCCAGCCCUGGUUCCUGGAAGAGGUGCAGCGCUUCCGCGAGUCCCAGGAGGAGCCCAACGCUGCAAAGGCGAAGGGCUCGGUUGUGAGAUGA